CAAGCCCGUGUCCCUGACCCCGGCCCGGCUCCCGCCCCGGGCUCAGCCGUGUGGCCCGGGCCGGGGGCGGGCGGGGGGUGGGGGGAGAGAGAUGUCUCGACGUACGCGCGGUGAGGAGCUGGAUGAGCUGCAUUACCAGGACACAGACUCAGACUUGCUGGAGCCGAGAGACAGCAAGUGCAAAGUCAAAUGGACCCAUGAAGAGGAUGAGCAACUGAGGGCCCUGGUGAGGCAGUUUGGACAGCAAGACUGGAAGUUCCUGGCCAGCCACUUCCCUAACCGCACAGAUCAGCAGUGCCAGUACCGGUGGCUGAGGGUUUUGAAUCCAGACCUGGUCAAGGGGCCAUGGACCAAAGAGGAGGACCAGAAGGUUAUUGAGCUGGUCAAGAAGUAUGGCACAAAGCAGUGGACACUCAUUGCCAAGCACCUGAAGGGCCGGCUGGGGAAGCAGUGCCGGGAACGUUGGCACAACCACCUCAACCCUGAGGUGAAGAAGUCAUGCUGGACUGAGGAGGAGGACCGCAUCAUUUGCGAGGCCCAUAAAGUGCUGGGCAAUCGCUGGGCUGAGAUUGCCAAGAUGCUGCCUGGAAGGACAGACAAUGCUGUGAAGAAUCACUGGAACUCCACCAUCAAAAGGAAGGUGGACACAGGAGGCUUUCUGAAUGAAUCCAAAGACUGCAAGCCCCCAGUCUACCUGUUGCUGGAGCUUGAGGACAAGGAUGGCCACCAGAGGGCCCAGUCUGCAGAAGGGCAGGGAAGCCUUGUGACCACUGGGCCCCUGGCGCCGCUUGCCAUGAAAGAGGAGGAAAGCAGUGAGGAGGAAGCCACAGCAGCUGCCACUCUUAAGGAGCAGCAGCCCAUUCCUGUAGGGCUGUGUGACGUGCACAGCCCCCAGCCCCUGGAGGUCUUCCCUAAGCGUGAAGACCAGGAGGACUCCUCCCCAGAAACGAGCCUGCCCUACAAGUGGGUAGUGGAGGCGGCAAACCUGCUCAUCCCUGCUGUAGGCUCCAGCCUCUCUGAAGCCCUGGACCUGAUCGAGUCGGACCCCGAUGCUUGGUGUGACCUAAGUAAAUUUGACCUCCCUGAGGAGCCAUCUGCAGAAGGCAACAGCAGCAGCAGCAGUCCAGGACAACCCCAGUCAUCACAGGAGCACCAGCCACAGGCACUGCCAGCCCAUCAGGCCGUUGCCCUGGGGCCCAGCAUGACUGAGUAUCGGCUCGAUGGCCACACUAUCUCGGACCUGAGCCGUAGCAGCCGGGGGGAGUUGAUCCCCAUCUCCCCCAACACCGAGGUUGGGGGCUCAGGUAUUGGCACACCGCCCUCAGUGCUCAAGAGGCAGAAGAAGCGGCGUGUGGCCCUUUCCCCUGUCACGGAGAACAGCGCCAGCCUAUCCUUCCUGGACUCCUGUAACAGUCUCACCCCGAAGAGCACACCUGUCAAGACCCUUCCUUUCUCUCCUUCCCAGUUUCUGAACUUCUGGAACAAACAGGACACCUUGGAGCUGGAGAACCCCUCACUGACAUCCACUCCAGUGUGCAGCCAAAAGGUGGUGGUCACCACACCUCUGCACCGGGACAAGACGCCCUUGCACCAGAAGCACGCCGCGUUUGUAACUCCAGAUCAGAAGUACUCCAUGGACAACACUCCCCACACGCCAACCCCGUUCAAGAACGCGCUGGAGAAAUAUGGACCACUGAAGCCCCUGCCCCAGACCCCACACCUGGAGGAGGACUUGAAGGAGGUGCUGCGCUCCGAGGCUGGCAUUGAGCUCAUCAUUGAGGACGAUGUGAGGCCCGAGAAGCAGAAAAGGAAGCCUGGGCUGCGGAGGAGCCCCAUCAAGAAAGUUCGAAAAUCUCUGGCUCUUGACAUUGUGGAUGAAGAUGGGAAGCUGAUGAUGUCUACACUGCCUAAGACUCUGUCCUUGCCUUCAAACGUCCCAUCUGGCUCCUGUAGCCUCACCCUUCCAAGUAUCAAAGAGGACAACAGCUUGCUCAAUCAGGGCUUCCUACAGGCUAAGCCCGAGAAGGUGAUGACAGCCCAGAAGCCCCGGGGCCACAUUCCAGCCCCUGCCCCUAUGACUAGUGCCUGGAAGAUGGUGGCCUGUGGAGGGACCAAGGACCAGCUCUUCAUGCAGGAGAAAGCCCGGCAGCUCCUGGGCCGCCUGAAGCCCAGCCAUACGUCUCGGACCCUCAUCCUAUCCUGACAGGCACAAGCCUGUUCUUAUGUUUACAGGGGCUUGGGUGAGCAUGGAAGGGAUUUGUUGAAAGUCACCCUCAGGUGCAGGUGACAACCUCCAGGAAGCCUUCUGCCACCAGCCCCUCCUCAGACUGCUCAGGUGGCAGUGGAGGGACCAUACACUGUCCUGUCUUCAAGUCCAGCUGUGGGCAGUUCUUGGUGCUAACAGAACAAAGUUCCACUCCUGGGCCUACUUGUCCCUUUGCUGAUGCUACAGGGAACCCUUUUAGCUUCACCCAAGCUUUGGUCAGGCCUGGCUCUCAUCUCAGACCCCUGUUUAGGACAGGGGAUGUGGCUGGGGUGUUCCAUGCCUCAGCCCUGUUGGUACAGUUUCUUGAAAGAAUAAAAAUUGCCUUUCUUUCUCUGCA